AGUUUUCAAAGUGUUUGUGUAUCUGAGCAAGAUUUAAUAUUUCAAGGUCGAUGCUUUCCGACUUGGGAAAAGUGGUGUUAUCCAUUGUUUCGCUGAGAUGAUUACGUUUACUGUUUUACAAUGAGUCAGGGUCUAGGCACUCCAGUGGCUUUGGAACUGUUUUGCAAAAUGUUGGAAACAUUAAGUGAAAGACCAAUAAAUCGUAUUGUAUUGCUGAGUUGGUCUCGUUCGGAUAUAUUAUCUCUUAUGUUGAGCAUAAUGUCACUUCUUCUUAUAUCAAGUUCUGUUGCUUCAUACCGAUAUUCCCCCAGUUACUCCUGGAUAUCGAUUGCUGGGGAUUUGCUAUUUGUUUUCUUAUCAAGUAGCCUUUUAUUCUUAACGUUCAUAACGCGUUAUAAAAGGAUAAUUUCGUCUUGUUCAAAGUUCAAAACAUUCUUAAGAUCUUUCAUCGCUUUUUUUAGAAAUAUGAACCCUAAUAUGCUCUCAUAUUCACCGUGUUUAAAUGGACUUUCAAAUGAAAUAGUUGGUUUGGAUACCCACCUUACUAUCCGAGAUGGAAAAAUCGUGGUCUUGCCUGCUGUUUUACUUGUUCCAGGUGAUGUCAUUAUUAUUAAACCGGGUCAGACAAUCUUCGCUUUCUGCAAACAAAUAAAUGAAAAUCAUAUUCACUUUCCAGGUGAUGUUUUUGUCCCUCACAAACUCAGUUGUAACCCGAUACCCACGUCGUUUACUACCAUUGAAAAAUCAGAUGAGUCUAUGGUAGCCGUUGUCAUCCAUUCUCCUUUGGUUUCUUACCUUGAAAUCGCUUUUAGAUCAAGAGUUGAAAAUAGUUAUACAUUUCAACCGCUUGCUUAUAAAGUUGUGGAUACUGCAGUUUGGGUUUCUUUAAUUAUCAAGUGUUCAAUAACUUUAAUUUUCCUAACUUCAAUAUUUAUUGGCGCAUUACCUAUUGGUAAUCUUAGUCACCAGUUUUACCGCUUGUUAAUCUGGUUUGCCCACACUUUUGGUGUUGUUAUUGCUUCUUCAAGCUUCUCAUUGUAUUUCAUAUGGAUGGUUGCUACUGCGGUUGUCACAUUCCACUUCCAGAAUGUUCUUUCCAAUGCACAUGUUCAUUUUAAACUUACUGAUAACCAUGACUUUAAAUCUACCCAUGUAUUUUGCCAGCCCAACAUCUCUAACGUCUCCAAAUCAAAUACAUUAACUUUUCACUCGUUUAUUUCCAAUCUUCGUUCCUUUGGCUUUAUGUUUUACUUUCAGACGGACGUAGAUCUGGAAAAUAUUGUUCUUACUUUGGGAACACUAAGUUCCGUGUGUUGUGUCAACCAAGAAGGUGUUAUAAGCCAGUCGUUACCAACUCCAGAGAAAAUGUUUUUCUUCCAUAGACGCCACCACAAUCAUCACCAUCAGGAAAGUUUUGGUACAAACAAGUCUCAAAGUGUUGUCUAUAAAUCGAACUUGAAAGCGGAAGAACAUUCGGAUCAUCAAAAUUCUAAAGCAGGUCAGCUGAACACGUCGGCUUUUAUACGCACAGAAAAACAAUGUGCUGAAAUUAAUCAAGGAGAACUUUACAAGACUCAAAGUUCCAUCCAAAAUCAGCUACCUACUAACUGUGAUCCUAAUGAGACACUUGGUUUUCAACGGAGUGCUGUGUUUUCACUGGGCAGUUGUGUUGCACCGGUAGUUCUAGACUUACGAACCGAUUUUUAUCGUCCUUUUUUACCGCAUUUCGAAAAACCGCGCUGGGAUCGUUUCCUUUCAUCGCUUAAGCCAAUCGGUUUGUCGAUUCUUCUCAACAAUUGUCACUCUGCUAUUGCGAAACAGAGAAUCGGCUUUUUUGAAAAAGUAAAUGCAACUCAAAAAUAUUUUGAUUCUUCGUCAUGUACUACUGCACUGCCGCUUACUUUCUGUCUGUGUGGUCUUGCCAGCCAGAUAGGAUUUCGUGAUGGUGCUGUGAGCGGUUUUGGUACUCAUGGAUGCUUAGGUGCUUAUUCUAUUUGCUCAGCUGCAUAUGCUUCUAAUUCCAACGCUACUGAUGUGAAAAGUAAAUUAUCUUCCGAAGAAAUCCUUCCAACAAAAGAUAAUACAAAUAAUGACCGAAUUCAUUUGGCUUAUUGCUUUAGCUCUGUCUUCUCUGAUCCAAAUAUCCAAGGUGGUUAUCAAUUGCUGUCUCAAGGUACUGGUGAUAUUCUCGCUAGUUUGUGUUCUGAUAUUUGGGAUGGGCGGGAUAUUGUACCACUGUCGGAUAGAGAACGUGAACUAAUCUUAGGAUUCCACAAUCGUCAUCUGUCGUCUGCAUACUGUAUUGGCUUCGCUUAUUCUCCGUUGGUUGAUAAAAUUGAGGAAUCUUAUAGACUGUUGUUGGGUAAUUUUUCCAGUCCGUCAGAUAUCUUCAUGCUUCGUUUACCAGGAUCUGAUGAUGUUUCACCAGUAAUACGGCGAAAGGUAUUGGAACACCUGGUUUGCAGUCGAUCAUAUUCAAAUCGUUCUCCACUAUCACGUGGUGCGGACAAUAUUAACAGUACCAGUUCUAUUUAUAACAGGAUUGUUCAUGAUAGUGAUAUUUCUAGAUCUCAAGCUAUUUCAAAACCCAACAGACCACAUGAUUAUCAACUAAAAUUUAUAAAGAAUAUGAAAAACUUCAGUUUUAAUUCAUUCUCUAAAUAUUGGCAGCAUCGCGAUCGAAAAAAGGAAGGGUGCGAUAAAAAGGAAGAGACAUAUUCAAAUGAUAAACUUUUAAAACAUUCACCGUCUAAGAAAAGUGAUAGGUUUUCUAAAAAACAUCGAAUUGACCAUAAUCGAAUAAGUAGUAAUUUUGGUGAGUAUGCUAGUAACUGUUUGAUGUUGAAUGAAUUUCCAAAUGCUAAUUUUGUUUCGGAAACUGAUGAUCAUUGCAAAAGUAACGCUGAUAGCUUGGAUCAUGAUGAGAAGAGUAAUGUACGUAUUAAUCAGAAAGAAGUGGACAAUAUACUCAACAAUCAAAUAUUUUUAGGCCUAAUAAGUAUGCAGUAUCAGGCAAAUCCUCAAGUUGUGAAGUCCAUUAAACAACUUCAUCAAGCAUGUAUACGAUUUGUACAUUUUUCUCGAGAAAAUGAACUUCGAAGUAGAGUGUUCGCUGAACGUUUGGGCUUAGAAUGUGGUUGGAACUGUCAUAUAUCGCUUAAGGCUCCUAAUUCUGUUAGUAAUCGCAAAUCCGUUGAUCUUCCUAAAGAAUUCCACAAAAGUAAUAAAUUUUCAUUUGGAACUGAUGUGUUCGUCACUGAAAGAAAACACUUUGGUUCUCAUCAGACUAAGCGAUCGUCAAGUUCUCCUGCACUAAGAACGUCAUAUCCUUCAAAAUUCGGUUCCACAUCUGAUCCACAGUUCUUUCAAUCUACUCCAUUUCCUGAGUAUUAUGAAGCAAACUAUUCAAAAUCAAUCCUUCCAUGUCUGAAUUUCCGACAAAUUGACUCUAACUUUCAAUCUUCAUGCUCUCAUGAUCAUAUUAACAAUAAUUUCACUCAUGCUGUGUCUACCAGUUACCUUCAGCAGAUUCGUUCAAACGAAAUCGGUCCAAAGGAAUCAUUCGGCUCUUAUCACUUGUCCUCAUCAAGUAAUUCAACUAGUUCUGUAUCGCCCUCAGUAGAUGGACAAAGCGAUAAUUCUGAAGAAUUAAAAUUAUCGGAAUUGUUGGUCAGGAACAAGUCCCGACUCCCAUGUGGAAUCGAUAGCAUACGCCCACAUUUAGAAAAUGUCGAUAACGUUCCAUUACAAGUGUCAUUGUUUACUGAUUGUACACCUAAAGGUUAAUUGUUCUAUACUGCAUAAUUAUUUAAAUAACAUGUUGUACAGUAUAACGCUAUGAUUUGCUUACCUAUUUAGUUCCCAAUCAUCUCGUUUUCGUGUACAGUUAAAAUGAAUUUUUACAUUGAAAAUCACUAAUAACAUAUUUUCCUAUAUUUUGAUAUAUAUAUAUAUAUAUAUAUAUUUGCUGAAUGUCUUAUGGUAUACUCAUUUAGUCGUUUUCCAAUAUGUAUCAUGUUGAAAAUUUUCGAAAAAGGUUCUGAACUAUUACAGCUAUACCAGUAAUUAUUUUAGGUAUAUCGAAAGACGAAGACUGUUGUGAAAUUUAAAUAAUUAAGUGCUUUUCCAAUCGGAAUUCAGUAUGAUCACCUAGUCACUGGAGUAACAGCCGAUGCAGUUUACCUCUAUCACCCUCAACAUUAAAGAGUUAUGAACACAGUUUAUUUUGUCACUCUUUUCUCGCGACCUUAAAGUAUUGGAAAUUUUAAAGAGCUAUUUGCUGACUUUUUCAGUUCUAUUUAGAUCAUGUUAACGUUUGAAUUUUCGAGCGAAUUCCAAAUAAACGUUUCGGAAUGUCAGGAAUGACUAAAUAAAUCAAUACAUUUCAUCUAGGCACUUUAUACAAUAUAAAUUAGUAUUCUACUGAUAUUAUUAUUGGUAGUAGUAUUAGUAUUACUAUUAUAUGUGAUUUAGUGAUAGUACUUGAUUCUCUGAUCUUGGUAUGCGGAACAUAUUACAACCUAGCAGACUAGUAACGUAGUUGAAUACCUAAAUUACAACUUCUUAGUACACGAUCCUAUUAUCUGUUUUAAAACGAUUCACCCACUUUUAUCAUUUUAUUUAUGCAGCACCAAAUAAAAGCAGUAAAUAAAACUUAGUCAUCAGUUCAUAAUACAAAAACUAGUAAUGUUGCACACUCAGCUAAACUGCGGUUAUUUUUAUUUGAUUUUAUUUGAGAUGUUAACAGAUAUAGCUCAAAAUCUCAGGCAAUCGUAACUUUCCUUUGUCAUUUUGGAAAACUGUAAGAUUUACUGUGAAAAAUAUUUAAAAGUGAUAUUUACCUUGGCUACCUUUUUAGAAAUUUCACUGUUUUUUCUCUGUUCUCGUUUUUUCUAUAUAUUUCCAAAAUUCUGUCCUUAGUUUAUAAGAAGCACUGUUUGUAUGAGGGAUUUUAACGUAGAAUGAAAAAUACAUUCAGGUUUAAAAGCCUUCACUCGCUUUUCAAAAUUCACAAUCAAUAAACGCCAUUCUUUUCAGAUUACUAAUUAAACAGCAAAAAAACCCAUCCCUGUCAACAAAUGUCCGGUACACAAACUUGAGUUUAUCAUUUAACAUUCAGAAUCAAGACGUAUGCUGAAAACGUCUUCUACACUUUACUAGCUUUAACACUCACGUAUCAGAGUAUCCUAUCUCUGCUUUAUUAACACUUAUUCCUGUUUUCGAUUCAUUAAGUCAAAAACAGUGACUUAUCAAACCUUACCAAAACUGUUGAACUGUUUAUAAAUCAGUUGAAUACUUCUGAAAUCUUUUAUAAAUCAUAAAUCAUUUAUCCCACAUAACAUCUCAAUAACGUUCUUUUUCUUUAUAUACUUUUUGAAAAGCUGUCAGUGAAAUGAUUCAAAUAAUGAAAGAGUAUGGCGAUACAGUUUGCUUAAUUGGGAGCUGCUAUUCAUUAAUUAACUAUGUAUUGUUUCAACAAAGCGAUAUAGCUAUUGCUGUGAAACCUAUUCUACCCUAUUCAACUUGUCAAUUUGCAAAUACUAAGUUGAUCGUUUCGAAUCAAGUGAGUUCAUAUUUUUUAUAAUAACCCUACCCUUAUUAUUAAACACAAACUUUAUUUCAUAUGCCUCAUUCAUAAGAACACCUUUUCAAAAGCUACUAUUACUGAAAAUAUGUAAGUGUAGUCAGUCGGUCAGCUAAAACGUAAAACCAGGCACAUAUAUGCAUCGGUCCAAGAUGUCACACCUCAUUAGCACAACUUGAUAAACACCGAAUUCAUAGAAGUAGUUACUUCAGUGAUAUUAAUGUAUAAAACAAAAAUUGUGUAUAAGGAUAUAAUACAGGAAGAAAGAAUUAGUUCGCAGAAAGAAAGGUAUAAAGUAAUUUUAGUCUCACAGUUUGUGGGACAACAGAGAAUGUAUACACCGACGCCAUUGUGAUCGAUUCUGAGCCAUGUCACCCAGAGUCUCCAACCAUUGGUUACGAUAAUCACGCGGACCCCAACCAGGUAGUCUGCAUCUACUAACAUGGCUAAGACCAGAAGCUAGUGACUUUACGGACUAAUACCACGUUUUGGUUUGAUCGUCCCUAACUUCCUUCCAAUCAUCCCCAAAACUAGUCAGCAUAGCACGUCGUGGUAAUCUGUGUUCAGGCAUACGUCACACGUGGCCCAACCAUCUCAGUCGGUGGAGAUUCUUAACCUGACCAACUCACUUACCAUCAUUCUCUAAUAUCCUGUGUCUAACCUCACUAUCACUUACCCGGUGAUCCCAGCAUAUGCGAGCAAUAUUUCUAAGACAUGUGGUCAAAUACUAGUGAUUUAUGAGUAUCUUCUACUCUUAACGGUCACGUUUCGCAACCGUAAAGUAGAUCAGAACGAACUACCGCACAAUAUAGUCGUUCUUAAAUUGAUAGACGGAUAUAUUGCCUUCACCAUAGGUGACGUCUGUUGGUAAAAGUCAAACGAGCUUUUUGAAUUGGUGCAGAGAUUUCGUCAGACACCAACCCAUUAGGGCUGAUCAGACUUCCAAGAUAAGCGAAGUUGUCGACGUGUUCGACUCCUCCACUCCCUAUCCUUACGUUAGCGACCAUACACUUAGCUUUAUUAUACUAGUUGCCUAAAAACAAGUGAAGAAUGUUUCAGACAAUAACAGAGUGGACUUUUUAUGAAACUUGAGUUAUACAUAUCCGGUGAACUUCUUAUCGUAAUGAAACUCAGACAACUAUAGGCCAACUAUAGUCACUCUGAAGAAACUUUUCAUUUGUGGAAAAAAGAUCCUGAAAAUUUAAGCUAACUCCACUUUGACUUAUGCGUGAACCUAAUACUUCGACUUUUUGUAUUCCGAUCAGCGGAAUUUGACCGUGUAACCAGGUUGGGACAUUUAGCAAAGCAACACUGCACGCAUCACUGUUACCAGGUUUUCGAGAAUCUUAGAGAAGUAUUCCUUAUCGACACGUGGGAUAAGGACACUUCUAGACUCAAGUUGUCAUAAAAUAGUACAAACCAUCCUUUUCACAUGCAACACGAUUUACAUGAGAAAUAUGUCAACCUAUAGUGUAUAGUAACUAUAAGUAUAUACGGAUAAAGCUAUGCUCUUUGUUUGCAAAAUUCCAUACAUAUUAUCGAAAUUAAUGGUGGGGCUUGUGAAAACAUCA